CCAGAGUCUCCCCUCUCCACACACCGAAGAUGGAGCAGACCACCUCCCUCACCCUCCUGGUAAUACUUGGCCUCGCUCGGGCCCUACCCAUGCAGACCGAUCAUCCCCACGCCGAGGACUACACAGAGAGAAUUCUGACUGCCAACCAAGGCUCCGAUCAGUUACUGAUGGAGGGAGACCUGGUGGUCCCGAGAACCCGGAACGCCAUGGUGUGCAUGCAGGGGGGAAACAGCUGCCUGUGGAGGAAGGAUUCCAGCGGACAUGUUGUGGUGCCCUACAUCAUCGAAGACAACAGGUUCUCUCCCUCCGACAGGCAGAAGAUAAAGUCCGCCCUCCUGUCUUUCCACGACCUCACCUGCGUUCGCUUCGUGCCCCGUGGGGACCAGGAGGACUACAUCAGCUAUGAGAGCUGGAGAGGCUGCUUCUCCACGCUGGGCAGAGUCGGGGGGAGACAGACUGUCUCACUUAACAGCGCCGGCUGUAUCUUAAACGGCAUCAUUCAGCACGAGACCCUCCACGCUCUGGGUUUCGGGCAUGAGCACACCAGGAGCGACCGCGACCAGUACGUCACGAUGAACUGGAGUAACAUCGACCCCAGCGACGCAGUCAACUUUGACAAACAAAUCACCAACAACCUGGACUCUCCCUAUGACUACAGCUCUGUCAUGCACUAUGGAAAUAAAGCCUUCUCCAUUAACGGAAAGGAGACCAUCACCACCAUACCCAAACCGAACAUGCCCAUCGGCCAGAGAGUCAGUAUGUCCGACAGCGACAUCCUAAGGAUCAAUGAACUGUACAACUGCUGACAGUAGUGUGUAGAGACUGGAGGGGGUAAUGAUGUUGACAGUAGUGUGUAGAGACUGGAGAGGGUAACGAUGUUGACAGUAGUGUGUAGAGACUGAAGAGGGUAACGAUGUUGACAGUAGUGUGUAGAGACUGGAGAGGGUGACGAUGUUGACAGUAGUGUGUAGAGACUGGAGAGGGUAACGAUGUUGAAAGUGGUGUGUAGAGACUGGAGAGGGUAACGAUGUUGACAGUGGUGUGUAGAGACUGGAGAGGGUAACGAUGUUGACAGUGGUGUGUAGAGAAUGGAGAGGGUAACGAUGUUGACAGUGGUGUGUAGAGACUGGAGAGGGUGACGAUGUUGACAGUAGUGUGUAGAGACUGGAGAGGGUAACGAUGUUGACAGUAGUGUGUAGAGACUGGAGAGGGUAACGAUGUUGACAGUGGUGUGUAGAGACUGAAGAGGGUAACGAUGUUGACAGUAGUGUGUAGAGACUGGAGAGGGUAACGAUGUUGACAGUAGUGUGUAGAGACUGGAGAGGGUAACGAUGUUGAUAGUAGUGUGUAGAGACUGGAGAGGUUAACGAUGUUGACACUACUUCUAACACAAUAAGCUUAAGUCUUUUCAUGACCCCUAUGUUUAAAUAAAGCAAUGUGCUAAAUGACUCAUGUACAGUUGCUUCUUUAGAGCUAUGAGAGAUAACCCUAUGAGAGAUAGCUAACAAUCAUUUUCACAAUAUUUUUUCAAUCUUAUCAUGCCA